UCAUAUUAAAAGAAUGAAUUAUAAUUAAUUUUGCGACGCAAGUCGCAAAAUUAAAAAAUGUUUGCGGUGUGCGAUGAAAGCGACAUAAUUUUUCUACACUUCAUAAAAUAACGCGAAUUUAUAAAUUAUAUAACGUGAAAUUGAAAAGUUAAGGAAAUUAUAGGGAAUUAAAAUAAAUCACAAAAUAAGGGAGAUAAAGAUCGACGAAUCGCGAAUUCAAAUAACAGAGAUCGAUAGAAGGUAUAGCUCCAAAUAAUUUUAUCUUAAUUGACGAUGGCUAAAGUGUUGACUCUACUAAAGACAAUACGUAAUAACUGGAAGAAGUCUGUGGUAGGAGCCGCGGCUUUCUCAUAUGGAAUAUCGUACGGUAAACAAGCCUACGAUACGGAGCAGUUAAUGCGUCAAUAUUGCGAAGAAGUAGUCCAGUACGGAGAUGCUUCUUGUCCUACAAACAUUAGGCCUCGUCAUGUAACUGUUAUUUUAAAUCCGGCUGCUAAAAAAAGAAAAGCUAAAAAAUUAUUUCAAAAGUACUGCGAGCCUUUAUUACACUUGGCCGGUAUUUCGGUAACUAUCAUCGACACACAAUCAGGAAGCCACAUACGUAACACAAUAAUGAAUUUGGAUAUACCUACUGACGCGAUUAUUGUAGCAGGAGGAGAUGGUACCUUGUCAGAUGUUAUAACUGGCUUGAUGAGGAAAUAUGAGCGCAAUCUUUAUUCGGCCAAACAAUGUCCCAUUGGUGUUUUGCCAUUGGGAAGUACAAAUACAAUCGCGAGCAUAUUUUAUCGAGGAUACAAAGAUUUAAUUGAUAUACACCACAUAAUUGACUCAACAAUGGCAAUUAUUAAAAAUAGUCUCAAAUCAAUAGAUGCCAUUGAAAUCAAAUUACUGAAUGAUGAUCCAGAAAAUUCCAUAAAACCAGUUUAUGCUGUUGGAGGCGUAGAAUGGGGAGCUUGGAGCGAUACGCAUGCUCGCAUUGAUAAAUAUUGGUAUUGGGGUUUUUUACGCAAAUAUGCAGCCUAUGUGUUCAAUGGUUACAAAUCAAACUUGAACUGGAAGUGCAAUGCAUUAAUAAAAUAUACAAAUCCUUGCAAAGGAUGUUCAUGUUGUUAUUCCAAAGAUUUGUCUUACAAUCAAUUUACGAAUUCGAAUAGAAGAUGGUGGUAUGCAUUUCUGCCAAAGAAACAAACAUUUAAAUCUGAUAAUCACAUCGAUUACAGUAAAGUAGUGAACAAUGAUUGUGGCAUAUUUCAUGAAAUGCCUAUUUCAACAACAGAGCUAUGCAUAAAAACCGAAAAUCUAUCAAUUCAGUCAACACCUUUAUUAAAAAUAAUCUUAGGCCCAGAAAAUAUUAAUUAUGCUAAAUUCGUUGAGAAAGGAUGGAAACAAGAAAGGGGCAAUAAACUGCCAACAAAUUUAAUAUUAGAUGCAAAGGAUAUUGAAUUAUAUCCUGAAAUAACGAAUGAAAAUCAGAUGUUUUAUAUCGAUCACGAAGAGUACGAAUUGAAGCCGAUUCAAAUACGAUUACUCCCACAAUCUGUAACAAUUUUCUGUCCUCAAUCAAAUAAUUAAUAAUACAUAAAAAUAAUUAAAAAUUAUUUUGCUGCAUUUAAUGCUCAUGUCAACUCAAUGUGUUUUAAAUUAUCUAAAAAUGAAUAUAGAAGGAAUGAUAAAAAAGAUA